CUCUGCGAGCAGCACACACGUCCGCCACUCCCCUGCCUGCUCCUGGGACCAUGGCCAACACGGAGCGCACCUUCAUUGCCAUCAAGCUGGAUGGCGUGCAGCACGGCCUUAUGGGCGACAUCAUCAAGCGAUUUGAGCAGAAGGGAUUCCGUCUUGUGGCCACGAAAUUCAUGAAGACCUCUGAGGAGCACCUGAAGCAACAUUAUAUUGACCUGAAGGACCGCCCAUUCUUCCCUGGCCUGGUGAAGUACAUGAAUUCAGGACCAGUUGUGGCCAUGGAACAUCAUUCAUGGCAGUGAUUCAGUAAAAAGUGCUAAGAAAGAAAUUAGUCUCUGGUUUAAGCCAGAGGAAUUGGUUGACUACAAGUCUUGUG